AUGCAAGGAGCUUUCGCCUUUGCCUUCUCGACAAAAUCCCUCACUCUGGAAGCUCCAACUCCGACGAACAACUCAACGAACUCUGAAGCCGCGCAGGAGAAGAACGGUGUCCCUGCAUCUCCGGCGACUUCCCUAGCCACGAGUGUUUUCCCGGUACCGGGAGGCCCGACUAAGAGACAACCUUUAGGAAUUUUCGCCCCUAGGACAGUGUACUUAUCAGGGUUUUUGAGGAAAUCCACGACUUCUUGGAGCUCCUAUUUGCUUUGA